AGAAACAGAUACAGGAUGAACGUAAUAACUUAGAGUGAAAGAGUUCAAAUAAAUAGCACAACGGCUCAAGAGCAAGAGAGAGAUUGUUCUCACAACCAUGCAACCUCCAGAGGAAUCUAGGGGGAAUGACAUCUUCCUGUGGCGUAGUGGGGAUUGGUCCUUCUCGAAAAGGUUCUCUUCUAAAGCAAUUUGGAAUGUUCUGAGACAGAGAUCCCCUGCUGUUCCCUGGUGUGAUCUUGUCUGGUUUAAAGAAGCGGUCCCGAGGUACUCUUUUGUAUCUUGGAUGACGAUGGUAGAAAGGUUGCCUACUAGAGAUAGGCUCAUCUCCUGGGGAAUGUCUGUCCCAGCAGCUUGUCCCCUGUGCUCCUUAGCAAAUGAAUCACAUGACCAUUUGUUCUUCAAUUGUGUCUUCUCCACCGCGGUUUGGUCUCAUUAUACUGGAUGGAUGUUCGCUGCAGCUCCGGCCUCCCCUGCAGCUGUUUUGGCUAUUCUUGAUCAGCCUCAUAUUUUCUCUUGCUCAGGUGCUGCGGUUAUACUAAAACUCUUGAUGCAGGUCAUCGUCUACAAUCUCUGGACAGAAAGGAACCAUCGCAUUUUCAGGCAAAGCUCUUCAUCAGAAGCCGCAAUCAUCAGCAAGGUCGAUCGCUCUAUCAAGGACCGCCUUCUGUCUCUGCCUCCACCGCGCGAGGGCUCCAUCUCCUUCCUGCUGCUGUAUCUCACCUCUCGCUCACUGUUUCCGCCUUAGU